CAAGUAGGACUCUAACUGAGGACUUUAUUUGCAGGUUAGUGUUUAGCGGUGCUUUCUUAUUGUGUUUUUGUGACAAAUAAAAUCAGCUGAAAUUGUUGUGUUUAAGUCCUUUGUGUGAAGUGUCGUCUGCGUUGAUUGACAAUAAUAAAGUCUGGGCAAUAGGCCAAAAUCGUGAACUUGUGAAAAUCGUAAAUUCCGGUAGAUGACGCGCGCAUCACGCUCCAAAAGAAACUGUAAUUUGUGAAAUUUGAAAAUCUGCAGGAAAUUAAAUGUUACAAUUGUUGCACCGUUGUCUGCGUUGAUUGACAGUAUUUGCUUAUAAAAUUUUAUAAUUUUUGAUGUUUUUGGUGUAGUUUACAAUCAACAAAAUCAAAAAAUCAAAAGUAAACAAUUACGCAUUUAUUAUUAUACAACCCAUAAAACACAAAAGUAAAUUUUUGUAUACAAAAAUUUAUCAAGGUUUCAAACCAAAAUAUACAUAUUCCAUUGGUGCGCGGACUCGUCGCUCCCCCAACGGAGAUUUUUUUGGCAUUGCCCAGACUUAAUACUGUCAAUCAACGCAGACGACGGUUAAGAAGCGCAGUAUCAAUAUCUUUCAGACGUUCCAUUAUAAUUUUUAUAAUGCCAAGUAUCAGAACUUGCUGUGUUCCAAACUGUGGGCAAGCGGAGAAAGAGGGUGUUAUUUUACAUCAAUUUCCAAAAAGUAGAGAUAAAAAAAACGAAUGGCUCAAGAGAAUAUUCGGUACCAUCGGCAAUAUACCCCCAAAUUCCGUGAUUUGUGGAAAACACUUUGAAAUAACGAGCUACUAUAAAACCAAAAAAUUGUUACCAAAUGCAGUUCCAUCCUUGCUCUUGAAUUAUAAAAGAAUUACUCGUUUUCAGCAGGAAGGAGCAGAAGUGCAGUCUGUAGUACAUUGUAAAAGAGAAAAAAGGACUUUAUUGGGUGAAACACCUGAAAUAACAACACAACAAGAAUUAGCAAUGGAGAGGACUAUUAAAACAGAAGUGGAGUCUGAUUAUGAGGUAAAUGAUUGUAUAAAAACUGAAUCAUUCUUUGAAGCGGAAGAUGUUCCUUUAAUUGAAGUAAAAACUGAAAUAUCAGAUAUAAAAACAGAAUUGGAAUCGUCACAGCCACGUUUUAUUUUGAGGGCAACUUCCGUUUCACCAGAACAUAUGCAUGGAAGUAGGAAUUUAGUCAAUGAAGAGAUUGAUAAUUGUAAAAAAAGAAUUCAUGUUCUUGAGCAGAUACAACUACGCCAAUCCAAGAAAAUCACACAGUUAGAAAAUUUAUUGCGACAUUAUACAAAUAAAUAAAUAAAUAAAUAAAUAUGAAAAUA